AAAAAAUCAACGUUUGCAUUUACGCGCUUCAAGUGCAAGAAAAGUGAAUAUGACGGUCAACUGCACUUAGUCCUUUAACAAAUGACAAAACACCACGUGUAACUUAAUCUGGAACCUACCCAUAAAUUUUCUCCACAUAAAAAAAAAAACACCAAAGGCCAAGAAAAAAAAGCCACUCCACUUCAAACAGAACAUUUAGGCCAACUCCCCAGGUACGGCCACGUGUGUCAUACUUUUACGGAAUUUCGAACACGCCCUCAUUUCCCAUUGGCCAGCACCAUGGGCCAAUCACAGGCUCCGGACACGCCGAUACAGGUAACUUUUUUUUCUCUUCCGGGGCCCAUUUGGUUUUAACCAAUCAAGUCUCGUCACUGUUCGAGUUGUUGCCCCAGGACACGUGGCGUUGUCAGACGUUGGCCACGGUUGCUGCCGCUAUGAUUAUCGCUUCUGCUCCGGUAGCCCCUUAGAUGAAAAAACAAAAAUACCACAAGUGAAAAAAAGAGCCGGAUAGAAAAUAGAAACAAAACCCAGAGAAAAUCUGAGAGUAAAGGAAGAGAGAGGGGUUGUUUGGGUUUUUUGAAGGAGAAAUGAACGGUGGAGAUCCUUGGAGGAUGCUAAAAUGCGCUGCGGGUGUACAAGAUAAGACGAUAAUCAACCAGAUGAUGCUAAGAUUCCGGCCGAUUGCUCCCAAACCCGUGACCGGAGACUCAGUUUCUGCGGAGUCUAUGUUUAGUAGCAAGAACUUGCUUGUUAGUAGCAAGAGAGCAAAGAGAAAAUACGUGAGGGUGUGUAAGAAAAAUAAUAGAAAGAGACGAAUCUUAGAUGAAGUUAAAGAUGUUGACGAUGGAAAAAAUAAUUCUGUUACUCUACAGUUGAUGCCAGAGAAAGCUGAUCUAGAGAAAUUAACGGUUGUUGAAAGAUCAUUGGGUGUUGAUCUGGAUCGAAUGGUAGGAAAUAAUUAUCAUUUUCAGGAUCCACCAUCGCCGUGCUUUAAGUUGAAGAAAAUGGUCACAGAUAACGUGGCGAUGAUGGGUUUGUCCGAUCAGACAGCGGUGAUAACCUCCCCGAGGAGACGGUUGACGGUGGUGGAGUCGUGGGUGACGGUGGAGAGCGUGACAGACACUUGCAUGGACGAAGGAGAGAUGGCGAACUGUACGGACGUGGAGAAAAUGAAGUAUCUUGAGAACGACACGUGUCCCGGGUUCGUAUCGGAUGGGUUGAACUGGGUUCUCUGGGUGAACCGAGCUUACAAAAACGCCGUAGCGCCGGCUCGACAUGACUCCGAUGGGGAGCCGUCCGAAACCGCCGUGGGGUUGGUGGUGAAAGACGGCUGCAUGCUCCCGCUCGGUGCAUUUUCCUGUCGUGUACGGUUACAGUACUGGGAUGAAAAGGGCAAGAAGUACUCGAAAAUGGUUCCCUGCGACGUGUGGAAGAUGCGCUCCGGUGGGUUUGCAUGGAGGCUCGAUGUCAAGGCUGCUCUCAGCUUGGGACUCUGAAGAUUAUUCGAAAUUUUCCUUCGGAAAUCCAAUGAAAAGCAUUUCCAUGUUUUGCAGAUACUGGUGCACGAAAGCUGUCUCCACCAAUCAUACAACUCCGAAGAGGCAUUCCUUAUUUUUAUUCCGUAAGAGUUAAUCCAGAAAUAAGCACGUGGCAGCAGCAGAGGACCCAAUCCCAUCAAAGAAACACAAGGAACCCCCACUUUAAAAUCGGAUGACGUCACAAAACUCCACCCUUAGGAUCCACAUCUUUAUCGAAUCAGCCACGCGUCCCUCCUUCGAACCGUCAUGUUCCGUUACAUUAAAUCAACUCCCCCACGCGCCAUUUGGUACGUUUCCAUCUCUCAUUAUGUCACCUUUUCUUUUUUUGGGAAGUUUGGUAAGAUAAACGGACAAAAAUCUUAUCUUCUUGUUUAGAGGCAUGCUUUAAUAUCUUUUUAUAAUUUAAAAAUUAUUUUUGCUGUUAAAAUUUAAAUUUUAACAAUUAAAAUAUUUAAUUAAUAAAUAUAAAAUUAAACGGAAAAAUUAUGAAAAAAUAUAAAACAAAAAUACGAAGAUGAGGAAAUUUUUUCAUAAGACGCAACAAAUGAAGUGAUUCCACGUAAGUAUUUAUCAUGUUACAUUUUAAGCAUCUUUGUAAGUUAAGGUCCACGAGAGAGGUGGCGCGUGGGAGAACGUGACAUUUGAAAACGUAACUAAAUUAAUGGGUGGAGUGCUAAUGAACAAAGACCACGUGUGCACUCUCUGGAACCUCCCUCGAAAGCCUUUUGUGCUCUUUUCCACUUCAUGUCAACAGUAGAACUCUGCUCUGGAGACCAUGCCCACGUGUCCCCUCUCUUUCGGCAGUGCUGAACACAAGCCUUCUUCUCAUUCGUAGUCCUCGUGGGCCCAUCUCCAACGCUCGGUCACACCAUUCGAUCUCUUCACUUUUCCCCUGGGCCCCGCCCCUAAACUUUCCUCCAAUCAAUUGCGUACACUAUUCCCUUGUUACCCUAACCACGUGUUACUUCUCUGUUAAUUUGCCGCAAUGAUUAUCGCUUCUCAUAAACUAACAUUCACCAAAAAAAUCGCCG